AGGGAAGAAGAGGGCGUGGCCACAGAGUACUCACUAAACUCAAGCUCACGCGUUGCUCUUCCACUUUAAGCUUUUUAUUCAUUUUCCCGGAUGGAAAUAAGAGAUUCUACAAAACAUAGCUGAGCCCCUGUGUCUGAGAUGGAGCAAGACUCAGGCGGCUCUCUGGACCUGAGCCACUUGACAGAAGAGGAGCAGGAGUCCAUCCUCCAAGUGUUACAGCGAGACCUGGAGCUGCGGCAUCUGGAUGAAGAGCGUGUAAGAAACCUCCAACAGAGAGUGACUGAUCCAGUGCGUCUGCGCUCUUUAUCAGGUGCCUGGUUUAACAAUGAGCGCAGCAAGCGGCACUACAGCUGGACAUCUGGCUGUGAUCUUGUUCAUGCAUCCAUGCGCCUCAGAAAACUUAAAAACAAAGUAACAGAUGUGCCACUGAUUGGGCUGUUUAAUGGGGAAACAGAGGAGAAGAUGUCAUCACCACAAAACAACAAUACACUUCCUGACAAAGGCCUGAACAAGAUUAUAGAAGAAAAUGCAGUCGGAAGUCAGCAAACUGUGAAACCUACACCCUCACCUAGAAUAAACACUCUCCAAGAAAAGGUUGUACCGGAAAGCAUACAAAUGUCCAAAGAGUAUGACAGGAUAAGUAAUGGGAGCCACGCAGAGGAAUCUGAGGACAAUGUCAAUGACCAUGACAAGGACAGUGAUUCCAUCAACAGUAGUCUGAACGAUUUGGAUCCCACAUCUUUAAAAACCAGCAGCUCUGCCGGCAGUCUGCACUCCAGCUACACGCUGAGUGGCAGCAUGAUGAGUUUGUUCAGUUCUGGAGACUUCGGCGUGGUGGAGGUGAGGGGACGGAUUCAGUUCUCAUUGGUUUACAACACGCGCAAAGAGGAGCUGCAAAUCAAAAUCUUCCGCUGUGAGGACAUUGCUGCGGCACGAAAGAACCGCUCGGACCCAUACGUGAAAGCAUAUCUACUGCCGGACAUGUCAAGUCAGAGCAAGAAGAAAACAUCAGUGAAGAAAAAGACUCAAAAUCCAGUCUAUGAGCAGACAUUAAGAUACAAACUGCGUGUUGGGGAGCUGCGCAGUCGGACAUUAAACCUGUCUGUGUGGCAUGCGGAACCCUUGGGGAGAAAUGUGUUUUUGGGAGAAGUGGAGCUGGCUUUGGGCAGCUGGGACUGGACCUGCACUCAGCCUCUUUGGCAGGAGUUACAGCCAAGGGUUAAUUUGAGUCCAGAUGCCUUGAGCAGUCGAGGAACAAUCAUGUUGUCUGCAAAAUUUGUCCCUGAAGGUUUUGAGGGUGGCGGUUUGCCCCUGACAGGAGAGUUGCACAUUUGGCUGCGAGAGGCUCAAGGGCUUGUGUCCAAUAAAGGAGGUCCACUGAACUCCUUUGUUAGAUGCUACAUCCUCCCUGAUGCCAGUCGCCAGAGUGGCCAGAAGACCCGUAUUGUGAAGCAUACGAUCAGCCCGUCCUUCAAUCACACAAUGGUGUACGAUGGCUUUCACACCAGCGACCUGAAAGAAGCCUGUGCCGAGCUCACAGUGUGGCAGCGAGAGGGUUUGAAGACGCUUAUUCUGGGAGGGGUACGUCUGAGCUGUGGAACUGGCCAGAGUUAUGGUGAUCCAGUGAGCUGGAUGGACUCUACAGAGGAAGAGAUAUCUCUUUGGAACUCAAUUAUCGAUAACCCAAACCACUGGAUCGAUGCCACUCUGCCCAUCAGGACUGAUCUACAGAAGCGGCCCUAAUGAGCCUAGUGAAACUGAGAAUGAUUCCAACCAUAAUGUCCCUACAUACAUUUACAGAAAAUGUAGGCACUGUGUGGGGGGGUGCAAUAUUAUAAAUAUAAUACAAAUGUCUGCUUUUGUUUGUCCUAAUUCUGUGAUUACUUAUUUAGCAAUCAACUGUGGUUAUUAUUAAAUUAAAUGUAAAUGUCAAUAUGUUUACUAAAAUGAGAUUAGGUAAAUAAAAAAACAAAACUGUAUUUUAAUAAAAUAAGGCCUUAUGAUUUGUGCAGC